CUCCGUCGUCUGUCACGUACGGCCGUCGGUGCUGCUUGUUCGAAUCGAAUGUUGUGUAAAAGUGUGUCGCAAGUUUUUAGUUUCGCGUCGUAAAAUGAAGUUUUACUAAACUAAUUCGGUUGUUAAGUGCUUAAAAGUAUUUCACAACUUGUCUUCACCAGAGGGGGUUUCAUUUACGGCAAAUUUCAAUAAUGCAACGACUGAGUAAAGCGGGAAGGAUUGCCUGCCUGUACCGAACCGGUGCGGUUCAGGUCAAUUCUCGCUGGGAAAAUGCGGCACUCCAAUGCACAGCGUGCUAUUCGACACGCCGACCGGGAUUCUUCUCCCAGGUCCUGGACAACAUCAAGUCAGAAAUGGAGAAGAACAAAGAGAUGAAGGAAAAUUUGAAAAAGUUCCGAGAGGAAGCGCAGAAGCUGGAGGAGUCCGACGCGCUGAAGGCCGCGAGGCAAAAGUUCAACACCGUGGAAUCGGAAGCCUCCAAGAGCAGUGAAGUGCUGAAGGGCAACCUGGACAAAAUUCGGGGGAAGGUUACGGAAGUGCUGGACGAAGCUUCCAAGACAGAUAUUGCCAAAAAGGCAGGGAAGAUUGGCGAGGAGUUGGGAAAAACUGCCCGAGGAAUGGGAGAAACGAUAGCCGAGAAGGGUCAAGAGCUGGGAAAGACGGGUGCUUUCAAGGGAAUUUCGGAAGCCACGAAAGCCGUGAGGCAGGAAAUCGACAGUCAAGGCAUUUCGGCUCGAGUCUAUCGGGCUCCGGAAAGACUAAGGAAGCGAGUCGAAGUCACCAUGGCCGAUGCAAAUCGAGUCUUCGAGGCGAACACGGAAGCACUGGGAAUGGAACUGCACAAGGACAGCAAAUUCUACCAAAGUUGGGAAAAUUUCAAGAACAACAACGCCGCCGUCAAUAAGGUUCUGUCGUGGAAGAUGCAGUACGACGAAUCGGAAAAUCCUGUGAUCCGAGCUUCCCGAUUGCUAACGGACAAAGUCAGCGAUGUGAUGGGAAAUCUCUUCUCCAAAACCGAACUUUCGGAAACGCUCACGGAAAUCUGCAAAAUCGACCCGAACUUCGACCAGAAGCAAUUCCUCCGGGACUGCGAGAACGACAUCAUCCCGAACAUUCUGGAAGCGAUGAUCCGCGGGGAUUUGGAAGUCCUCAAAGACUGGUGCUUCGAAAGCACGUACAACAUCAUCGCCACACCGAUUUCCCAGGCGCAGAAACUCGGCUACUACCUCGAUUCCAAAGUGCUCGACAUCGAAAACGUCGACCUGGCCAUGGGCAAAGUGAUGGAACAGGGCCCGGUGUUGAUCAUCACCUUCCAGACGCAGCAGAUCAUGUGCGUGAGGGACAGCAAGGGGAACGUCGUCGAGGGCGAUCCGGAAAAGGUGAUGCGAUGCAACUACGUGUGGGUUCUCUGUCGGGAUCCGAACGAUCUGAACCCGAAGUCCGCCUGGCGGUUAAUGGAACUGCAGGCGAACAGUACCGAGCAGUUUGUGUAGACGGUGGAGGAUAGAGGUCGAAUCGAACGAAUCGAAACACAAAUUUUAACGCGGACGGUUGUUCCUUAGGUUGGUCCGCGGCUCGAAUCGACGAAAUUGAGGCCGCAAAGACGCGCUUUCGACUGGUUUACAUUGUUUUAAGUCGCAAGCAGGUCACAAAAGGCGAGCGGAUGACGAUUUCGAGCAUUGAGGGGUCCUUACGUACAUGUUGAUAAGUAUAUUUUAAGUUACUAAGUUUUAGUCAAGAGAGAGAGAGCGCCAUAGGCAAGGAAUCGGUGCGCAGGAUGAUGAGUCAUGUGAAAAUAGCGAAACAACUCCCAACAAUUGAAAUA